AUGUGGUGGCGGAAACAGACGCUCGUUUCUCUAAGUUGCUUGGCAACGCUUGGCCAGUCCUUUCCGUUCUUUCCUAAUGAUAUUUCCCUAUUGGCCGAGCGCACUACAUCCAUUGGUGGUGGUGUCGACCUGAGAAUCCUUCCAUUGGGAGAUUCCGUUACCUACGGCUUCAAGAGCAGCGAUGGCAAUGGAUACCGCCAUCAACUCGAACAAGAUCUGUCCGCCGGCAACAAGGUGGACAUGAUCGGGAGUGUCUCCUCCGGCAGCAUGCCCGACAACCAGAACGAGGGACACAAUGGCGCUGUCAUCAGUGAGAUCGCAAACUAUGCCCAGGCAUCUCUUCCCAUGCGUCCGAACGUUGUGCUUGUACAUGCCGGCACCAACGACAUGAAUCAACCCAAUGAUCCGGAUAAUGCCCCUGCCCGUCUGGGAAGUCUGAUUGACGAGAUCGUCAGCGCCUGCCCGGACGCGGCCGUUCUCGUGGCCAAGAUCAUCCCCGCUUCCAACUCGGCGACCAUGUCGCGGAUCGAUCAGUUCAACGCAGCUGUCCCAGGCAUCGUCGCGCAGCGUGCCGAUGCAGGGAAGAAGGUCAUGGUCGUCGAUUUUAGCACUGGACUGACGACCGGGGACCUGACUGACGGACUUCAUCCGACUGAUGGCGGGUACACCAAGAUGGGUGAUAUUUGGUUUUCCGGAAUACAACAGGCCAGCGACAAAGGAUGGAUCAAAGCUCCUGUACAAGGCGCGAGUUUUGCAAGUGGUGCCUGCUCUGGCAAACUGGUUUGGAUGCCUCAGAACGAGAUCGCCUCCGGCCCUGGCUUUCAAUCGGGUGGAUUCAAAUCUACAUGGAUCCCCAAGGAUGAAGUGGCCUCGGGAAUUGGCAAGGGGUCAGGAGUCCGCUUUGGUGACAUCGAUGGCGACGGACGCGAUGACUAUCUCUGGGUUGAUGACGAUGGUUCCGUUGUCCACUACCUGAAUACCGGUACUGGGGAAGCUCCCGUGUGGGUGCCUCAAGGUAAGAUCGCCAGCGGGAUUGGCAAGGAUGGCGCCGGUGUUCGCUUUGCGGAUAUGGACGGCGACGGCAAGGCCGACUACCUCUGGGUCUCGGAGGAUGGAAAAGUCACUUGCUUCUUGAACAGGGCGGGUGACAGCCCCGGCAAACCUACUUGGGUCGGCAUCGGAGAGAUCGCAAGCGGAACAGGAGCCGGCAGGGACCGUAUCUUGUUUGCCGAUCUUGACGGAGAUGGCCGUGAUGACUAUCUGGUCGUUGGUGACAAUGGUCAGAUCGGCGCUUGGUAUAACACUGGAAACUCUGAAAAGCCGGUCUGGAUUCCAUCGGGGGAGGUCGCCAGCGGUAUUGGUGCUGCAGCAGGUGUCCGAUUGGGGGAUAUCAACAAUGAUGGGCGUGCUGAUUACCUCUGGCUUUCCGAGGAGGGCGCCUUGACUGUCUUCCUCAAUGGUGGUAUCGGCCGGACAUCCAAAUGGCUGCCCCAAGGUGUUAUCGCGACAGGCGUAGGCACAAGCAGGGAAAAUAUCACCUUUGCCGACUUGAAUGGUGAUGGAAAGGUCGAUUAUCUUGCCAUCACUGCAGAGACUGGCGCCGUGAAGAUGUGGCUCAACGCUGGCAGUGGAAGUGCCACCGAGACGGGUGACGGGGUGAUGUUUGCGGAUCUCAAUGGUGAUAAACGCGACGAUUACCUCUGGGUUGAUGAGAAGGGAGCCGUCACCGCGUACAUUAACGGCGGGGGCUUGCCCGAAGGUACACAGAUCUGGCUGCCACAAGGAUUAAUUGCUACCGGUGUUGGUGCAAAGCGCGAGGAUGUCCGCUUUGCCGAUCUGAAUGGCGACGGACGUGCGGAGUAUCUGAAGAUCAAUCCUGAUACCGGUGCAGUGGAAUGCUGGUUGAACGCAGGCAGCCCAGACGGCAAUGACGGUCCCAACGCUGGAAAGGUCACCUGGGUCCCUCAGGGCACUGUUGCAACAGGCAUUGAAAAGGGAGCUGGUGUUAGAUUUGCUGAUCUCAACGGCGAUGGCCGGGACGAUUAUUUGUGGCUUGAUGAGAAGGGUGCUGUGACUGCCUAUAUCAACGGAGGCGGUUUCCCGCAAAUUGUCUGGUUGCCUCAAGGCGUCAUCGCUACAGGAGUCGGCGCGUCAUCGAGAGAUGAGAUUGCCUUUGCCGACAUCAAUGGUGACGGAAGGGCCGAUUAUCUCUGGGUCCAUCCUUCAGAUGGGUCGGUUGAUAUGUGGCUAAAUGCUGGAAGUCCCAACGGCAACGAUGGGCCUGAAGCUGGAAAGGUCACCUGGAUUCCUCAAAACACAAUUGCCACAGGCGUUGGUACUGGAGGCAGUAACAAGCAGUUUGCGGAUCUCAACGGUGAUGGUCGGGAUGAAUACCUCGAUGUUACUCCCUCCUCGGCGGCCGUGAAGGCUUGGUUCAAUGGCUGUUCCGAACCACCGACUGGCGGUUCAGGCGGUUCAGGUCCCACCACGCAGCCAGAUCCCACCACGCAGCCGGUUCCGACCAAGCUGCCAGAUUCCAUCGGGGGGUCAGGUGAUCAUGCAAGCUGCAAUGAUCUUAAGGCUUACCAAACCGCCAAUCAUGGGACCCUGGAGUCAUCGUUUUGGGAUAAAACUAACACGGGUGCCUACUUCGACAAUUGGCUCCAAACAGACCCGAAAGCCCAUUCGGAAAUGGGCCCUGCUUUUGCGCAGCCAUGGGGAAUCGGACAGAGCUUUGUUUGCACAAUGACGACUUUCUGUGCUAGGCCCAACUGUGACGACCUGCAGGACCCAAGCGCACCCGAUAGUGGUCGCGCUUAUAAUGUCCUUGUUUCUCUGGCCAAUGUCAAUCAGUAUCUGUACAACCUCCAUCAGGCAAUCCAGAUGAGCCAAACACGAUGGAACGGCCUCCAAGUCGCGCUGCAACAAACCUUCUGGCCCGGAAAGGUACCAGAUGACGUGAAGGCUCAUGACGUCCUCAACGGGAUCAUGACAGGCAUCGGCGUCGCUGCGUCCCUCCUCGGUGGGCCGUAUAUUGGCGUUAUGAAAGAAUUGAUAAACGGCCUGGCGCGUUCUGUCGAUAAGAGAAUUAAGUCGUCGGAUGAGAGCUUAGCUUGGAUGGCCAAGAUGGAAUUAACUACCAUAGGAUAUUAUCAAGGCGCGAUCAACGAGACCGUGAAUAUAAACGACGGGCUGAUGUUUAAAGGAGCAUACAACGGUAAAAGUACUGGUGAUAUUUUGGCCUUUGGUGAUUGGCUCGAUUAUCAUAACAUUCCAGUUCUCAACCCAACCAUGAUAUCCGUGACUCAGGUGGAAGAUUAUUUCUACAAGAUGCUUUUGAGCUUCUCUAUCAAUUUUGCGUGGAGGCAGCAGAACGUCUACCUGGUUUCAUAUCCGAUGACCGAAGAUGAGUUCAACAACCUCGCGGUGGCAGCCGGCAGCAACGACUUCCGUCUCAAGCACUACUACGGCGGACGAGGCUUCUACUUCCAGGGCAUCCAAAUGAGGCCCGCCCUUCUGAAUGGAGAAAACCCAUACGCCCAGAACCCUCCCGGAUGGGGAGAAAUUGAACAAAACGGCUUCUCCACCUGGGACAUCAUCGAAUCCUCCGCCGACGCCUUCAGCAAAGGCGGCUUCGACUUUAGCAUCGACAACGACCUGCAGUCGUACCUCGACACGAAGGAUUGGGUCUCGACAAACGCUGCCCGACUCCCUGGUGCUUUCACAAUCCCCCACUGCCAGGUCAUGCCGAACGACAACGCGAAGGAUAUCCAGGCAUUCGCAGAUUGGUUGGAUACGCCUGCGGCAGAACUGUUCCAGGGGAGGAAGAAGUCAAGCUUCUGCUUGUGCCAGGAUAUCACGGACAAAAACGGCAAGAAAUUCUCCGACUAUAUACCUAACGCGGAUGCGAUGCAAUGA